AUAUGUAUGGGUGAGGCAGAAUCAAACCCUUUCCUAAUUCCCAUGGCGGAUCCGUCGCCGCCUUCGGCCGCGUUCAUCGUAGAUCCAUUUUUGGAGGACCUCGCCGCCGGCGUCCUCCCUCUCAGUCCGUCCGACGAUUUCCGAGACCUCGAUCUGGAUUUCGUCUUCGACGAUUUCUCCGUCGACGACUACCUGUGCUUGCCGGAGGAGCAAAUCAACACCCACCUUUCGUCAAAUGCCUCCCCAGGUCCCCGCUCCCAGGCUGACGGUUCCGACCUUUCGUUCUCGCCUUCCCGCAAACCGGAUCUGCCGAAUCGUCCCUCCGACUCCGAUUCCGGCGACUCCUCUGCUGCCUCCGGCGUUUUCGUCGUCGACCGAGAGGUCAAGUCGGAGAAGGCAGGAUGGUCUUUCAAGAGGAAGAUGAAGGCGGGUGAUGAGACGUUUAACGGAAGCGACCCUAACUCUAACUUCGAUUCUAACCCUAGAAGUACUAAGCUCCGAAGAUCGGAGGAGAGCUCACCCUGCGUCUUGGGUUCGGGUGCCGAGGAGGACGAGAAGAGGAGGGCGAGGAUGAUGAGGAACCGCGAGAGCGCGCAGCUCUCCAGGCAGAGGAAGAAGCAGCAUGUCGGCGAGCUGGAGGAUAAGCUCCGAGCGAUGCACUCCACCAUUAAUGAAUUGAACAGCAAAAUCUCCUACCUCAUGGCAGAGAAUGCGAGCUUACGGCAGCAAAUUGGUGGCGGUGGCGCUACUCCUCUCGGUUAUCCUCCACCUGGAGCAUUUUCACCCUUGCAUUUCCCAUGGAUUCCAGGGUAUGCUUUAAAGCCACAAGGAUCGCAGGUUCCUUUGGUUCCUAUACCCAGAUUGAAGCCUCAACUAGCAACACCAGCUCCAAAGGCCAAGAAGUCUGAGAGCAAGAAGAGCGAGAGCAAGAAGAGCGAGAGAAAGACAACGAAAAUGGCAAGCGUUAGCCUUAUUGGAUUAUUUCUCACAAUGCUAAUGGUCUGUGGUGCUCUUCCCGGAAUAAAUAUUUGGAAAGGAGGAAACGAGGUUGACCUCGGUCACAGUAAAUAUCAAAUUUUGGAACAGACUAAAGGUAGGAUUUUGAAUGUUAGAGGUCGUCCUAGUGCACUGAAUAACACUCGUGAAAUGGUAACAUGCAAUGGGAAGCAGGAUUUCAGAGGAGAUGGCGGUGUAGAUAGGAUUACUGGUACUCAAUGUGAGGACGGAAAGGUGACCCCUGGAAUGGAGCCAAAACGAAGCAGUCCGUGGCCUUUGAGUCCUGAAGCUGUGGCCUCACAAUCACAUAACUCAAGUGAGAAUCUGCCUGCAUUGCUCUAUGUCCCUAGAAAUGGCAAGCAUGUCGAGAUCAAUGGAAAUUUGAUAAUCCAUUCUGUUCUUGCAAGUGAGAAGGCCAUGCAACAGGCAAAAGCAAGGCAUUCAUCACAAGUUAAAGAGACUGGUCUGGCCGUUUCCGGGAAGGCAUUGUCUCCAUUCUCUGUCGCUAACACUGGAAAAAAAGUGGAUCAACAAACUAACUCUUAUAAAACUAUUGACUCUGAUAAUACAUAUGCAAGCAACUUAAAAUCAACUUCAGCUGAUGGCGCACUGCAACAGUGGUUUCAGGAAGGAAUGACAGGCUCUAUAUUAAGUUCUGGGAUGUGCACUGAGGUUUUCCAGUUUGAGGUCUCCCCUUCUUCCUCUUCUGGUGGUGUUAUCCCGACUAGCUCAAUCAUCAAUGCUUCCUCCACCACAAACGCUUCUGAGAACCUCCCUCCAAGUUCCAGUCAUAGAGAGAGAGUCAGGAGCAGGAGGAUGAUGUAUUCCGACCCAAUUCCACUUCGCGGAACUACGACAAAUAACACCAAACAGCUCAAUAGUUCAUCUUCAGAAAGUAGCAAAUUCCACAACACUAAACCAGCUGCUUCCUCUGUAGUGGUUUCCAUUUUAGCUGAUCCAAGGGAGGCUGGUGAUGGUGAAAAUGAUGGGCGAGUCUCCCCGAACUCCCUAUCUCGCAUUUUUGUUGUUGUGCUCAUGGACAGCGUCAAGUAUGUCACAUACUCGUGUGUUCUUCCUUUCAAAACCUCCAUUCCCCAUCUUGUUAGCUAGAGCUGUCGGAUUGCAACUCGAUAAAAAGCUUUCAGUUGAAAUCUGAGGUUGUGAAAUUUGCUGGUAACCAAUUCUAACAUGGAUUACGGAUAACUAUAUAGUUUUCUAAGGGAUGCCCAGUCAUUUGUUGA